AUGUUCACAUCGUCAUGCUGUGGCCCUCUCCGCUCCAUACACCUGGCAGACACGGGAGAUGCCCCCUGGCCUCUCCUCUACGCAUCGGCUGACAAGCUUCUGAGGAUUGCGCGGGUGGCUGCUCGAGAGGAGACUGAGGAUGCCUCUGCUUCAGCUUACGCUGUGGACCUUGAGCAGAGCUUCAUUGCACACGCAGAGGCUCCACAUCAGCUGAGCUUCCUUUCAGGCCAUGCAAUUUCAGUGAGCUCCUCCGAAAUCGUGUGCUGGGAAUUGGCACCUCGCGGUGAUGCCGCCACGGCUGUAGCGUAG